CCGGCCUACUCUUCGGUUGCAACGUAGUGGGCAAGGGUAACGGGUGGACAUGGUGCUAACAUUACGUCUGAUGGAAGAGCGUUACAGACGAAGCUAGAGUAGAGAGCCCGUAGCUAUAGAUCUUUAAUCCACUAUUGUUUUCUACCUACCUAGGUAAUUAAGAGAACCUAUUCUAUAGAGAAGAUAUUCCAAGCUUGAGACCAGCAGCACUAAGCGAAACAAGAAACGAGAAAUGAAAACCAUGAGAAACUCACUAUUCCGCAUCACUCUCCCCUUAUUCUCCCUGAUCGGCGAGUCCCAAGCCCUCCUACCCCCAUCCCACAACUGUGCCAUCAACCGCACCAUCCCCAUCCCCCUCCCCAUGCCCCCCUCCGCCGCGCCCUCCCCACAGUCCGUCGCCGGCAACUCCGACUGCGCAGCCGCAUCGGCCAGCACAGCAUUCAGCCUCAGCUUCAUCAGCUACGGGAACUACACCGCGCUGCCGGGCCAGGGCGAAGACGACGGGGGCCUGGUCCCCCGCCAGCUGAUGUCCAUGUCGUUUGCGGUCGUCAACGCCGCCAACGGCGUGUACACGGUCUGCGCGUUCCCGCUGGGCCACCUGUCCGGCGGCGGCGGCCAGCCGGCUUCUUGGGUCGACGAUGCGUCGUGGCAGGCGUGUGCGGAUCGCCGCGACUCCGACGGCAAGCACCGGUUUACGAUCGCGACGGGCGCGGCGUUUAACCGCGCGGAGCGGUUUCUUACCGUGAACCAGACGUGGUUUUGCCACGAUGAGGUUGGACGCCUGGUUGCGUAUACGGGUAUUGCGAACGGUAGUUUAACUAUGGGUUGUGUCGACGGCGGCGAAUUGGGCGGCUACCAUGUCGAGAACUGCACGGCGCCUGAUGGGACACUUCCGGUGACGCUACUUUAGGAUUACGAGUUUCUUCUGGUAUGACCACCAUGUCACAUUGAGUUGGCUCUAUCUCACCUGACUCGGUCCGAAGGAUUCAUGGGUCGUAACUUUACGGGAGCUUUGUUUACCUCCGUUGAAACAUAUCGUGGGAGGCUCUUCGCAAUGUUGUUGUUUCCACCUAGAUGUUUAAACAUAUUAAUUAUCCCUAGGCCGUAUUGGCGAAGGGGAUAUAAUAGCAACGAGAGUUGUGAGAAAUAAAAGGAAAAAAUAUUUGUGGUUGGAACGAGUAUAGGGAAGAGCUUUGGGCCUUUCGGCGUUCAAAUUACUCCUUUAUAGUCUUAAUAUGUUAAUAAUGUCUAUAAAGCAGCCAUCGAUUCCUG